AUGCCUCGAACGGAUUCGAUCUCGCACGAACCCCCAUCCUCCUUACGCAUGAUCAAUGGGUCAAUCGCGCUCUCGAGGGCGCGCGUACGAGGGGUGAAGAUUGGCAUCCCAUCAAGGCAGACGAUGUUAGUCACAUCUGCGGUAGUUCAAGAAGACAGAGACACCAUUCGAGAUGAUUUCGCAGAGUCAUUCUACGCCGUCAAUGGAAUCACCGGGGUCAAGAAGGCAUUCUAG